AUGCACCGAGGCGGGCCGGGACCAGGCCUCAGAGGCCUGAAGGGGGCCGAGGGCCCCGCCGAGGACUUGGGGGGCUCUUGCCUGGAGGCCGGCAGGGAUUUUGGGGUGCUGAAGGAGAAUGGCGAGGCCGAGGAGGCGGCGAGCGGCAGGAAACGCGCCCGGCCGGUGCGCUCCAAGGCGCGGCGCAUGGCGGCCAACGUGCGGGAGCGCAAGCGCAUCCUGGACUACAACGAGGCCUUCAACGCGCUGCGCAGGGCGCUGCGGCACGACCUGGGCGGCAAGAGGCUCUCCAAGAUCGCCACGCUGCGCAGGGCCAUCCACCGCAUCGCGGCGCUCUCCCUAGUCCUGCGCGCCAGCCCCGCGCCCCGCUGGCACUGCGGGCACCUGGAGUGCCACGGCCAGGCCGCGCGUGCCGGGGGCGGCGGGG